AUGGGACUUGGGAAGACCCUGCAGACCAUCUCUCUCUUAGCCUAUCUAGCCGCAGUAAAGGGCAUCUGGGGUCCUCAUCUGAUCGUUGUGCCGACGAGCACUAUGUUGAAUUGGGAGUGCGAGUUCAAGCGAUUCUGUCCCGCCUUGAAGGUCUUGACGUACUACGGAACCGCCAAAGAGCGCCAAGAAAAGCGAAAAGGCUGGUCGCAAGGCGGCGGGUUUCAGGUGUGCAUCACCUCGUAUCAGCUCGCUGUGCGCGACGUGUCGGUGUUUCGUCGCAAGAAGUGGGUGUACAUGGUGUUGGACGAGGCGCACAACAUCAAGAAUUUCCAGUCCGAACGCUGGCAAAUCCUCCUUCAUUUCAACACAAAGCGGCGGCUUCUGCUCACCGGAACGCCUCUGCAGAACAGUCUGAUGGAGCUGUGGUCGCUGAUGCAUUUCCUGAUGCCCGCGCUCUUCCGAAGCCGCGGGGAAUUCGCGUUCUGGUUCAGCAACCCAAUGAAUCAGAUGGUGGAAGGCGAGCGGAGCGUAAACGCGCGGCUGGUGCACCGUCUGCACGAGGUGUUGCGUCCGUUUAUUCUCCGCCGACUGAAGAGCGAAGUGGAGAAGGAAAUGCCCAAGAAAUACUUCCACAUCGUGACCUGUCCGCUGAGCAAGCGCCAGCGGUUCCUCUACGAGGACUACAUCGGGCGGCGCAACACGCGCGAGCAGCUGGCUAGCGGGUCGUUUCUCUCGAUGAUGGGCGUGCUGAUGCAGCUCCGAAAGGUCUGCAAUCAUCCCGACCUCUUCGAGACCCGCCCCAUCCGCACGCCUUUCAUUUGUGAGUGUAUUGAGUUCCCAAUUCCCCGGCUUGUGGAGCGAAUGGCGCGAACCGAGCGCGGCGUGGUGUUUUCGCACACGCUGAAUCGAUGUAUGUGGGAGCAGGACGCUCUGGAGAGAUCCUCGUUGCAGCAGAACGCUCUGGAGAGAUCCUCGUUGCAGCAGGACGCGCUGACCGACGCCGCGUUGGACGCUGCGGACUGGCGACGCUCGCUGCGGAUAUUCCCUUCGUUCUGCCGCCGCGUUGCGCUGGUGAACGAUUUCCGGCUGGUGGAUCGCGAGACGGACAGCAUGGGCGCUGCGCUGCUUCGCCGAUCGCUCCAGCCGAAUUCGAAUGCGUUCCUCGACGAGAUCGUGGAGCUCCAGGCCACGUUCAAUCCCAAUUCUGCGCUCAUCCAGGAAGUCCACGCCGCCGCUUUUAGCUCCACCUUCUUCCCCGCUCCCUCCACGCCCUGGUUCCCGAUUUCCCCGCGGUGUGCGAGAGGGAAAAGGCGAACGUGGAGAACUACACGGUUCUGGUGGCGCGAACGCGUCCCAUGCAUCCAAUCCGCUCGACGCUCGGCGAUCUGGAGGCGAAUUUCCGCGGGUGGGACGCAGAAAGUCGCGCGGCGGCGGUUUCCUUCCGUCGAGACUACGGCAAACUGUACGGUUCCCGCGGGGAUGCGACGUAGACCGGCGAUCCACGCGUGGGAAAUGCUGCACAGUGUGCAAUUCCCCGAGAAGCGGCUGCUGCAGUACGACUGCGGGAAGCUGGAGGUGCUGAGCGCCAUGCUUCCGCGUCUGCGGCAGGAAGGCCAUCGCUGCCUGCUGUUUACGCAGAUGUCGCGCAUGCUGGACAUCUUCGAGACGUUUCUGAACAUGCACCACUUCACGUACCUGCGGAUGGACGGGUCCACGCCGCUGCCGCAGCGCCAGAAGAUGAUGGAGAAGUUCAACAACGACAACCAAGUGUUCGUGUUCAUCCUCAGCACGCGCUCGGGCGGGCUGGGAAUCAAUCUGGUGGGCGCCGACACGGUGAUUUUCUACGACUCGGACUGGAACCCGGCGAUGGACGCGCAGGCGCAGGACCGCGCGCACCGCAUCGGGCAGACGCGCGACGUGCACAUCUACCGCCUGGUGAGCGAGAGCACCGUGGAGGAGAACAUCCUCAAGAAGGCCAAUCAGAAGCGGCAUCUCUCCCAGCUCUCCCUCGAGGAGGGUCGCUUCACCACGCAGUCCUUCAUCCAGGAGAUGACCGUCCGCGACAUUCUCGGCGCGCAGCCCGCGGAGAACCAGGCAGAGGUCCUGAACGGCGCGUCGUUUCGCGGGCUGUCCGACGCGGAAGUGGCCAAGGCGCUGAGCGCCGUCGAGGAUUCCAACGACGCGCUCGCGGCGCAGCGCGCGACCGCCGAAGCCUCCGCGCUGGAGACCGAGCUGGAGCGGAUCGACGAGCCCGAAGGAGGGCAGGGAGCCGGUUCGGGAGCCGGUUCGGGAGCCGGUUCGGGAGCCGGUUCGGGAGCCGGUCUGGGUCCUGGAGAUGCAUCGAACGCGGAGAAACAAGCGGCGGAGUUCGAGAAAUCGAUCCAGAAGGCGGACCAAGAGGCGAAAACGGAGCUGAAAGCGUGGGCAGGAAAGAACUCGGAGCAUCUGAUCGCGCUGGAGAAGGCGCUGCCGGCGAUCCAGAGACGGUCGAUUCGGUUCAAGGAGGUGUGCGAACCCAUCCCGGAGGUUACGCCGGAGGCGCUGCGAGCCGAGUUGGAGGGAUUGGAGGAGGAAGAGAAGGAAUGGGAGGAAGAGCAGGUGGAAGCGAUGAAGGAAGCGGAGGAAGAGAUCAAACAGAAGGACCAGGAUCCGACGCCGCUGGAAGCGACCGGGGUGGGGACGAUUGCGGAGAUGGCGAAGGUGUAUGCGGGUUAUCGGAAGGAUAUUAAGGUGAAAAUCGAGAGAGCGAUGCGGACCGGUAAAAUUGUAAUUUAA